GGGAAUGGUUAACUGCUCCAUCUCGUUUCAAUUGGUUGUUUGUUCUACCACUAGUUUGAAGGAAUUGCUUGGAUUGGAAGCCUAUGAAGAAUUCGAAAAGAUUUUUGCAAAGGAUAAUAAUGUUUCAACAGAUUCCGAUUUAGUUUCCUUGAGCUCUGCAUUUACAUACUUGUUACAAGGAAUGUUAGAAGAUGAAACAACACAAGUUUCCAUAGCCAAAGCAGAACCAGGAAGGAUACGAAUGCUAUGCAAGUGGAAUAUACGAGAAGUGGAGGAGAUGCUGCAGCAUCCAGUUCUUUGUCUUCGUCAUUUGAUUGGAAUGCUUUCCUAAGAGAAUAUUGUGGUUUUUCUAAAGAAGAUGUUGCUUUAUUGUUUUAGGAAACUUUCAAGGUUCGGUAGAGUUUUUCUUUCCAGAAUCAAUGAAGAUUCGUUACUUUGC